AAUCUAUCUUAUUGGAGGAAGCAAUGGAAACACUUGUUUUAACACUUGCUUUUGUUUUGAUACCACAACUAAAACAUAUGAACGUUUGCCGGAUAUGUUCGAACAAAGGUGCUAUCUGAGCGCUGUCUUGUUGUCUGAUAAAAUCUACGCUAUCGGGGGUUACGACGGAAAUAAUCGUCUGCAAACUGUGGAAUGCUUCGAUAUCAAGCAGAAACAAUGGACUUACGUCUCUUCUAUGCACCAAGUCAGAAGUGAUGCCACUGCGUCUGUACUCAGAAACCGAAUCUUCGUGAUGGGUGGAUUCAACGGUGUGGAGUUCUUGAGCUCUGUUGAAUGCUACUACGUUGAGUACGACCAGUGGUUCUUGCUCCCGAGCAUGCUCAGUUGCAGGUCUGGGUUAGGAAGCGCUGCCUACGACAACUGCAUUUUCGCUAUUGGUGGCUUUGAUGGGAUAAAGCGUCUGACAACUGUGGAGAAAUAUGAUUUAAAUUCCAGGUUAUGGUUUCCAGCUAAACCCAUGCAACGGCCAAGGAGUAAUUUUGCUGUGGAG